GGCGGUGGUUGACUGCGGGAUUUGUGGUGGGUUUUCUGCCGGCGCCGGCAGUGCUGUUGGUGUGUUAUCAAAUUAAUAUUUUUUAUUAGCGGAAGAAAAUGUUGCGUGGAGGUUGAUGUCCAAGUGUUGUCUCUUAGGAAGAUGUGAUUGGUUUUGCACACACCCCGUCAGCCGUGUUUUGAGCUGCUUCAACCCCCUUUGCGCCUGAGCAAAAGCAACCCUCAGUACGACGCAGCUGGCUUUGACGUUUACACUCUAUCCGCCCACGCAUGUUGAUAUCGAAUUAUUUAGCAGAUUGAAUGCUUGGAAAACACUCGCAGCCAUUGAGAAAUGUGAAAUCACAUCAGUUUCAUUUGUCAAAGAGGAUGUGAAAAAAGUUCGUCCUCAAAGGACUGCACCAUCUACCGCUUUUAAACAAUGGAGGAGCUGCUGGGGAAUAUUGGCAAGGAAGCAGAUUACUGCAAACUGCCUACUUUGAAGAUUGCCGCUCUCGAUGCUGUUGAAAUUUUAGAGCGCCAGCAUGGAAUGCUUAGAGACCAGCCAUAUGAGUUGCGGACAAAAUGCUUUGCAGUUUUGCAGCAGGCGUUUGAGACAAAGAGAAGCAAGUUUGUUUCUUACGGUAUCUCUGGGCUGCAGAAAAUCCUCAGAGAUGACAGAUUCUACUCAAACUAUGAGCCCGAAGACGAUUCGGUCUGGCUGCCAUCACAGCUUCUGCACUGCAUCAAUUCUAUCUUGACCCAGUCUGAUGAUACACAGGUUGACAUGCUGAAGGCUUUACUCAACAUGGCAUGCUCAAACUACUGGACCAUGAAUGGGAGGAUCAUCAUCCAGGUGCUGACGUUGUGCAGUGAGGCAUAUGAAUCAGGGAAUCAAGCUGUGCGCACCGCAGCCCAAGCAGCAACUAGUCAAACCUUGAGAUCCUUUUGCAAUUUUCUAGAGGAUGAGAGCCAAGAACUUAACAAAUCCCAGUCAAAUCUUGGUGUUCUCUCACUUGGAGUCUCAUGUUUCAAUGAAGUCAUUCCGAUUCUCCAGUUUAUUUGCAGCCGGAUGGAGGAAGUGCAGAGUGCUCCAGCAGGACGAUCAUGCAGUGGCGUUGUUUUCCUCCUUGAGUGUUUGCACACUUUGAUAUCUAGUCUUCCACAACAAACCCACGCGAACAAACACUUCACAACAUUCCUGUGGCAGAAGUUUUGUCCCUCUCUCAUAGCAUUCCUAGGAUCCCCUCGAGUCGAUAAAAACAUUGUGUCGAGCAACAAGACUGAAGGAGAAAUGGGCAGAGGAUCAGGCUGUUUGGCGUCUGCUCUUAGUUUUGAUAGUCAUGAAGCGAAGACUGUUUACAGUAUUGGCACCCAGUUAGUUCGCCUAGUCGGAUGCGUUGGCUCGCUGAGGCCCGUUUUAGAGUCUGUAUUCCACAGAAUGCUACUUUAUCCACCCCCUCAGCACAGGCUAGAUGCUCUCCAAGCUCUCAAGGAAUUACUGCGAAGUCCUAGUCGCAUAGUAGACUUUGCUGGACCAAUUUUGAUUCAAGAUGACAAGGGAUCUCAACAAAGUGACAUGGCUCUUAUGAGGCUGGUCAUGGAUUCAGUUGAAGAGAGUUGCCAGGUGCAAGACACAGCCAUUCGAUCAAUGAGUGUUGCGUGCAUCGUUGCGAUGCUGAACUCGCUUGAAGAGCUUUGUACUGGGAAAGGCAUCACCGAAAAGUACGCAGAACGAAUUAACUCUACGUACAAAAGCUUGUCAUCAAGUGAUUAUGAAGGACCUUUAACAUAUCAAGACAUGGCUCGCUUACCAAAGCACUACAAGGAACGUAUUGAAAGGGAGAAAAAACUUAUCCUUGACGCCGCAGCUCCAAAAAUGGAAGCACACGGCGAUGAAAGUGACAGCAGUGGGAUUGAAAGGGGGGCUGAUGAAGAAAAGGGAGCGACAAAUGAUGACUGCAACAGCUUGUCUUCAGGAGAUACAGAGGGACCUGAGGAUGGAUCAGAGCAAGGCAGCGGCGGAGAUGGUUCUUUUGAGCAAGAGGAUCAGAAAAUUCCAGAUGUGAAUAAUCUUGCAAAGAAAAUUCCCAAAACUCUUCUUCUGGACGAAGAGCGAAUUUCUGGAAGUGAGUACGUUGACACAGAACGAAACAACGCAAGAGAUUUCUUCCGUGUCCUGCAGUCCUUUGUACCAUCGCUGAUGAAGCUUCGAAGUUCCAUCGAGGUAGAUGCCUCCCUACAAGAAUUUUCUUCUAAAUAUUGUCAAAACCUACUGUCUCAGCAGCAAGUUCGUCCUGAGGAAGAUAGUUCAACUUGGACCCUAUCACGAAUCUCUAUUGCUAAUGCUGAUGGCAUUUACUUGGCAACUUACAACUCGCUCUUACUCAAUCUCAAGCUCAUUAAGAUCGGCUACUAUCACGACAGUUCUAUUCCUCUUCCUGUAACAGAGCAUUACUUUGUGGAGGAUGUAUACAACAGCGGAGUCCUUGUUUACCUCUCAACUGCUUGGCUGGCUGAGUUGUUCCAGCUCAUUUUAAAUUGCAAUCUGCUAGAGCAGAAUGGUUACUGCCCAACUUCAAACAGGAGCGUUGCUCUUGUGAAUCUUCUCACUGAUGUAGAUGGAUUGAACAACAACAACCAAGGGGGUCAAAUGCUAACAGACAUCUGCAAACUGCGGAGGACAACCUCUGUUUCUGAAACAACCUUGGAAAUCGAAGCUGGCAUGAAGCUUUCAAGGCGAAUCCUUACAUGCUGCUGGAAUUCUAUGCUGACUGUUUUAACCAACACAAUUGGUGAGGGAAGCUCUGAGUCGUCAAGCACAACAAGUCUGCAGCUCCUGUUGGGCACAGAGAGAGCCAGAUCGAAGCAUAAAUUAGUUCGGGAAGCCGUCAUAACUAGCCAUGAAGGACUGCAAAUUGCUGCGCGGCUCAGCAAUAUUCUUGGCUUACAAAAGCGAAGCGGUGCUGUUUUUGGCCUUCUCGCAUCGGCUUGCUGUAAGGAAAAUCGCUUUUCUAAACAAGAGGCGCACAAACACAGGCUGCGACGCCUCAAACUGCUACACAAAGGUUCUGAAAAACUGCACACAACUCACGCACUGAGCAUGCAUGUGUUGCUUACAACGGGACUGGAGAUGGGCAGUCAUAGCCCAGAUUGCUGGCAGCAUGUCUUUAGGUGUUGCACCUACGUAUCCUCUUUGGAGUAUUUGAUAUUUAGUCAGAAUGAAAAGGUAGAAAAGAAAGCCACAGCGAUCCUUUCCAAAACCAGCAAAGUAGAAACAACGUCUAAUGACAAACUGGAACUUGACGUUCUGGACGACGAGCAAAUAUGUGAGGACGUUUACGGUUUCUUGACAUCCAGCUCUGGAAUAACACUAAACAGUGCUUCCAUACCAGACCUUCUGCGGGAAAGCAAAGCCGACGUCAACUCUCACGGGGUUCUCAAUCAAAAAUAUACUGGUUUGGUUGUCAGCACUCUGUCGCAACAUGUUGAUAGACUCUUUGACGACGCGGCUAUGCAACUGAAUCUGAAGGCGCUGAUCGGAUUCUUGUCUGUGCUUUGCUCAGAGAGCCAAUUGCAGCUUUUCACCCAGUCUACAGCUACUACCUCAAGCAAGGACUUGUCAAAGUCCAGUUCACCCUGGUGGCAACAACUAAUCACAUCUGGCUUGAAGACCGCAAAAUUUAGUGACGCCCUACUACUGAGCAGAAUUACGCAAGUGAUGCUCAAGUGCGUUCGCAGUGGGCGUCCAUUGAUACAUAUCAUGAAGGCGUGGGCCAUCGUUGGCCCACAUUACAUGGAGGCUGCGUGUCACAAAGAAAGGAACAUUUCAAAACGGGCAAUUACGAGCAUCCAUGACAUUGUCACAACAUUCCUCAGUGAUCAGUCAGAGCUGCCGCAUUUUCAUUUCAACGAGGCUCUUUUUAAACCCUUUGAGAAUCUAUUGUGCUUGGAACUGUGCGAUUCUGACGUUCAAGAUCAAAUUGUGUCGUCAAUUUGCGAAUUUGUUGAGUGCAACAAUACUGAGAUCCGCUCUGGCUGGCGCCCGCUUUUUGGAGCGCUCCGAGUUGUGCACACAUCCUCCGCCUCAUUUCUGCUCCGCAGCGAGGAUAACCAAACAAGCCAAAUGAAUAUCCUGCUUGACGUCUUUGAAGUCUUCAUGAACACUGACAACCCACUUGUGUUCUCAAAUGCAGCGAUUGACUGCAUACUCUGCCUAUUGAAAUACGUCAGAGGUCCAUUCACUCCUGACGAGGAAGUAACCAUGGCCACUCAAGAGAAGUACGAGAGCGAUUGUCCCUCAGUCGAGUUGUGUGUUGCCGCUUUGAAGUACCUGCAGCGCUGCUUUGAAAUUCUGACGUCGAUGUACCGAAUGCCAGCAUGCCCUAUUUUCCACGCUGCACACAGAAUUCAGCUAAACAGCACCCUCCAGUUGGUUGAUGGCGUCAUUCCCAAUAUUGAAGUCACAUAUUUUGAUGACCACAAAGAGGACACAGAAAUUUCGUAUAAACUGCUGGACCCAACUGAAAAUCUGCCCACACGGUCACUGGAAACAAUGGACUGCGGCAGUGGAGUGCUGCACGUGUGGCACCUCCUGAUUGAAGGUCUUGCCGGUUGCUGCACGUACAGUUCUCGCAAGUAUCAGCCGCACUGCCUGGACACCUUGUUUGGUAUGCUGCGGUCACUCAUGGACGUUCCAGGUCCUGAGUUUGGAUUUUACUGCGUUAACCACGUACUUCUGCCCACUGUUCAAAACUGGCUCCGUAAAACCGGCCGCAUAUUCAGAGGCUGGGACAACUUUGCCCCAAAUUUCAAGCAGUGCUGUGGGCUCACCACUGAUCUUGUUGUGGAUCAUCUAGUUUUUAUAAACAGUGAGCACAAAUAUCUCAAUUUUGCAACGUCUCACGAAUCAAUUUUUUCAGAACAUGACCUGCAUGAGUUUGACGCGCACGCCACUCUGAUGCUGAAGCAACUGCUGCUGUUGAUGAUAGAAUGCAUUGUCCAACCCACGGAGAGCAUUGCCCGCCUCGGUUGUGCAUGCAUGAGGCAUCUGAUUUUGUCUGCCGGACCAGUCUUAACAUUCUCGCAGUGGAAAAUCGCGUGCUUGGCUCUACACAGAUCCUGUGCGAUAUCUGUCACCUCUCUUCAACAACUCGUGGCCGCCUUCAACCUCUGCUCACAGAGUUUUUACGGAGACCUGGCGCAGGUGAAGGUGGCCGCCCGUCGAGAUUGCACUGCAGCUGAAAACCAGCGGCUGCUUGACUUGGCUCAGCAAGUUUUCCUUCUUGAAAGUCAAAGGAACAUGUGUGCUGCGCCCAUGCCUCUGGAUGGAGAUGAGGAGAGGAGCUUCAUUUUCUUGCUCUAUCCUCACGACUUGGAUUUCACCCUAAAUCCUGAUUCGUACAUCAUCAGGGUGCCCUUCCGAAAUAUGGUUGUAGGGUUGCUGGCACACCAGAUUUUGCUGCAAACCAUUGGAAAUUUGCUCUUGCAAGGAACUACACACAUUGUUCCAAGUUUGGCAAAUGUUUUACUCCACUCACCUGCGCCAACUCCCUCGCAAGAGAGCAAGGACAUAUCUGGCUCACAUCUCUCUGGAAUGCUCAGCCUCUUGGCGCCUGAGCACAUUCAGAUUUUGCUAUCUUGCCUGCAGCAAUCCUACAACAUGGCUCUCGCGUUUGAUGGCAGGCCAGGGCUGAAAUUUUUAAUGCAAAAAGUAGCACAACUGCAGCGAGCUGCUAACUUGUAUCGCCAAGCUGGCGCUGCCUGGACUAUAAAGAUGGUUACUCUGUUUGAGCUGAGCAUCCACACCUUGUGCACGUUAGAAACUAAGAAAAUAAAGCUAAGGGACCUGAUGGCCUCUACAAGCGGAACUGAAAUCAACGAGUACUCUUUUGUGUGCAUGCUGCAGCAGAAUUUCAACAACUUAUGCGACAUUUACAUUGAAAUUGUGCUUGACAGAGACGGACAACAUUCCGCUGUGGAUCACAUUGCCGAUCAGCCAAUAUUUUUCCUGAUCGCCAUGCCUGACGACUUCCCUGAAAUUCAGGGCAAGGAAGAAAGUCCAAAGAAGUCAAUCACUCCAGAAGCAAAGGAAACUCCGCCAAACUCCCCUCUACGUGAUGCCGUGAGCGAAGAGGAGGCUCAAAACUCACCAUCUCAAGCUGACAAAACCUCCAUCUACUCAGUCGCUACUGAAAAUGAAAUCGCCCAGCUCUUUGGAGAAUACAAGAAGCGCAAACAAAACCACGCAAUGCCUGGCUCGUCUUCAGGAGCCAACUGGAGGAAAAAUCCUUUCAAUUCUAUCCCUCAGAGCCCCGACCCAUCUAUAUCCCCUGAAAUUGAAAUGCAGAGAAAGAGCAGCAUCUUCAAGGAUAGUGAGGCCCACCGAAGAGUUUGGGCAGAAAUGCUGGGGUCAGUCUUUGACUUGGUUGCCCAGUUGGACGACUCAAAAUUCAAAGUACUACUCCCUGUACUUUUCAACGGAGUAAGGCGUCUGACUGCUCACGCCACUGACUCUAGCUUGAAACAAGCACUGGCCGAGUUUUUCCACCGUGUGGCCAUGGCCUACGGGUUUAGUCCCGACGCUUAGUCAUUCCUAGUUUCCAAAGGUGGGCAUAUAUUUUGCUUUUCAAAUUAUUUUGGAUGAUCUCGGUUAUCUUUUGUCAAAAGCUUUAUUUGAGCUUUUAUUCCAAAGUCGAUGAAAGAGAAAUGAUUACAGAAUUUCAGGUUUAUUGGACCGCAAGUAUAGUUCUAUAUAGGAUAUAUAUUCAGUGUGGUAUGAUUAUUACGAUAAAAAUAAUACUUAAAAUACCAUAUAUCUUCUCUAAAUGUCUUGUGCUCUUAAAAAAUGAAUCGUAAAAUGCCUUGAAAUAUAAUUUAUAACGUAGAUUGAAGUAAUGAACAACUACUAUUGAGUUCUUCAGCUUUCACAUAAUCAAUUUGCAAAAAAGUGCUGUGUAUUUAAGUGACCUGUAGGAUUAUUUAUCGUAAAGAUACGAAAAUUGUGUUAGUUAUGCAACAACAUACAAGUCACUUCUUACUGUACUGCUUAAAACUCGCUUUGAAAUAUCACUAAAAACCGCAAGGUUGCUUAUAAAAAUACGUGAAUCAACUAGAGAGCACAGAGACCUAACUUAAAGAAAUAUUUAGACGCUGAGUCUUGUCUUGAUAUAUAUUAUUGAAAAAUAUGAUAUGAUCAUCAAAGUUAGCAUAAUGAUAUAUUUUCGAUUUUUUAUGUAACUCGUGAGCCCGUUGUCAAAACUUUAUGUGAGUCUGUCCAAAAAUCCUCUAUUUUAAUUAAAAACGAUCCACUUAAGACUUGUGUGUGCAAUGACUAGUCGAGCAAAAAAUAAUUGGCAAUCACAAAAAAGUUCUGUUUCGUUGCACUGCGAUAACUCGUCUAAUUUUUUUACUUGAUUGACCACACGUCCCGAAUAUAAUAAUAUACCAAAAUAUAAGUGUGUGUUACGUGGAAGGUGCGGACUAACUGAAAUAAACAUAGCGAAUGGCACAACGGAA